GUUUUCCUUUUUUGUUUUGUUUUUGUUAUGUAUUUAAAUCAUUGACAGCAAAAUAUUUGUAAAUUUGAAACAAUUCAAUCGAGUCGAAAUGAAUGCUUUAGCAAUUGAUUAUGCGAACUAUGUUAAGGUUAAUUUGUCGACAGAGUUGACAUCAGUUGAUGAAGCACUCGAGGAUAUAUUGACUCGAUUGGAAGAAUUCAAAAGUUUAGUGGAAAUGGUGAAGCACGACGAUGGCUACCAGAUGUCGGAGCCAAUGGCACACCUCAGCUCUUGCCGCAGCGAGCUGGACUGCCUCGCCGCGAGGAUUGACAGCCUGGGACUGUUGGUGGAGCGGGCAAGGCUUGACGUGGACUCUGUCGAGAGGGAUUUAAACUCUGCCGAGGCAGAGAUGGGCUCGUCAGACGGGAAGCUCAGGAACAUGCUGAAACCACUCUUCUUUAAGAAAUCUGAGCAAGUUGUUGCAAAACCUAGCAAGUCUCCGCUGUACGAACCAUCAGAAAUAUUUUCUACAUCAGAAUUCUUUUAUCCUCAAGAAGACCUCGACAAAAAAUGAAUAACGUCAUUCUUUAAUGUGAAAGUUUUUGUGUGUAUCACCAUACUUUGUUACACUCUGAGAUUUUUAUAUUUUCAAAAUUUGUAAAUAGCUGUUAAAAUAAUACUUAUGGUAAGUAACAAAUGAGGAUGUAUGUAAAUACCAAGGUAACCAACAUGUUUGUAUGAAGAUAUUGGCUAAUAACUGUUUGAAGUGUUAUAGGAGUGAAAUAAAAUGUAUGUGUAUGUA